UUUGAAGGACGGGGAUGAAUUUUGAUGAGAGCGAAUCGUGAUUUGGAAGGAAGCUGCGCCGUCUGCCCUAAAUUUGGACCAAAUAGCAAAACAAAGAUAUCCGGAGGAAGGAGGGGCGCCUUUCGGCAAAAAUCGGGUCAUAAAUGCUGUUCAUCGAUCCGGGCACUGCUCGCUCGCGAUCAGCCGGACACGUCUCGCCUUGCACGCGACGCCUGGCGCCGGCACCACGUCCCGAUCGAUCAGCCUACAUAAAGCGGCGAGCUGACAUACACCAUGCCUCAUCGGAGCCUGCUCGCCCGCGCACACUCGGAAGACGACGCAGACGCCGCCAUGGGGGACGCCGUCGCUGGCGCCGUCGACUACCGCGGCCGGCCCGCCUCCCGCGCCGCCACCGGCGGCUGGAAGUCCUCGGUGUUCGUCAUGGCAAUGGAGAUCGCCGAGCGGUUCGCGUACAAGGGCGUGGCGGCGAACCUCAUCACGUACCUCACGGGGCCGCUGGGCCAGCCCAUGGCGCGCGCGGCGGCGUCCAUCGACGCGUGGAAGGGCGUCUCCCAGAUGCUGCCGCUGCCGGUGGCCUGCGUCGCCGACGCCUGGCUCGGCCGCUACCGGGCCAUCGUCCUCGCCUCCAUCCUCUUCGUCGUGAGCAUGGGCACGCUGUCGCUGUCGUCGGCGUUCCACAUCUUCCGCUCCGGCGGCCACGUGGCCGUCUUCUACGUCGCGCUCUACCUGGUGGCGCUGGGCGAGGGCGCGCACAAGCCCUGCGCGCAGGCGUUCGCGGCCGACCAGUUCGACGAGAAGGACCCCAAGGAGAACGUGGCAAGGAGCUCCUUCUUCAACUGGUGGUACUUCGGCAUGUGCGCCGGCACCGCCGUCACCACCAUGGUCUCCAGCUACGUCCAGGACAACGUCGGCUGGGGCCUCGGCUUCGGUAUCCCCUGCAUCGUCAUCCUCGUCUCCCUCGCCGUCUUCCUCAUUGGCACCCCCUCCUACCGCUACUACACCACCAAGGAGCCCAGCCCCGUCGCCCGCGUCGGCAAGGCGCUCCUGGUGCUGAUCAAGAGCUGGAGAUCGAAGCACCGCACCAAUCCGGCGAGCGGCAAGGUGGAGGCCCAUAAGAACUCCGACGAGGACCUCGUGGAGGAGGUGAGUAGCGUCUUCCGCCUGCUGCCCAUCUGGGCCUCCUGCAUAAUCUACGCCAUCAUCUUCUCCCAGACCUCCACCUUCUUCACCAAGCAGGCGGCCACGCUGGACCGCCGGAUCGGCCCCAACUUCAAGGUGCCGCCGGCGGCGCUGCAGACCUUCAUCAGCGUCAGCAUCGUGGCCUUCAUCCCGGUCUACGACCGUCUCUUCGUGCCGCUCGCGCGCCGCUACACGGGGCGGCCCACGGGCAUCACCAUGCUGCAGAGGGUCGGCGCCGGCCUCUCCCUCUCCCUCGUCGCCGUCGUGCUCUCGGCGCUCGUGGAGAUGAAGCGGCUCGCCGUCGCCAGGGACGCCGGCCUGCUGGACGCCCCCAAGGCUUCUCACCUUCCCAUGACGCUCUGGUGGAUGGUGCCGCAGUACGUCCUCAUCGGCGUCUCCGACGUGUUCGCCAUGAUCGGCCUCCAGGAGUUCUUCUACGACCAGGUCCCCGACGCCGUGCGCAGCCUCGGCCUCGCGCUCUUCCUCAGCAUCUUCGGCGUCGGCCACCUCCUCAGCAGCUUCCUCAUCUCCGUCAUCGACAGGGCCACGGCCAGGCGCGGCGCCAGCUGGUUCUCCAACAACCUCAACCGCGCGCACCUCGACUACUUCUACUGGCUGCUCGCCGGGCUCUGCGUCGUCGAGCUCGUCGCCUUCUUCUUCUUCUCGCGAGCCUAUGUCUACAAGAAGAAGAGCGACGAUGGCGAUUACAGGGGAGGUGAUGCUGAUGCUACAUUGGUGCUAGCUGUUCCCCCGCGCCAUGGCCCUGCAGUGGUGGAGUUCGUGGAGCGCGUCGGCUUCUACGGCGUGCAGGGCAACCUGAUCACGUACCUCACCGGCCCGCUGGGUCUGUCCACCGCGUCGGCCGCGGCCGGCGUGAACGCCUGGGCCGGCACCGCGUCGAUGCUGCCGCUGCUCGGCGCGCUCGCCGCCGACUCCUGGAUCGGCCGGUACCGGGCCAUCGUGGCCGCCGGCGUCCUCUACCUCGUGAGCUUUGGGAUGCUGACGGUCUCAUCCAUGGUGCCACCACGUCAACCUCAACCAGCGGCAUCCCCUCCCCGCGCGGCGUUCUUCUACGCCACGAUCUACGUGGUGGCGCUGGCGCAGGGCUUCCACAAGCCCAACGCGCAGGCCCUAGGCGCGGACCAGUUCCCCCGGAGCUCCCCGGACAGCAUCGCGUCCCGGAGCUCUUUCUUCAACUGGCUCCACUUCUCCAUGUCGUGGGGCUUCAUCGUCGCCGUCGUCGCGCUGAGCUACGUGCAGGACAACGUCGGCUGGGCCGCCGGGUUCGGCGUGUGCUGGGCCAUGAUGCUCGUGUCCCUGUCCAUGUUCUUGCUCGGCACGGGCACGUACCGUGUCACGGAGCAGCCGCGCGACCGCCGUGCUCUCGCGCGGCUCACGAAAACGUUGGCUGCCACGGCGCGUACAUGGACGGACAUGGUCUUUCGCCGCAGCGACGGCGCCAUGGACGGUGAAUGUUUACUGAGGCCAAAAGAGCAGGAAGGCAAGGGGGUCAUGGUGAAGCUGCUUCCGAUAUGGAUGACCAGCGUCGUGUACGCAAUGGUGGUCGUGCAGGUGUCCACUCUGUUCACCAAGCAGGGCAGCACCAUGGACCGGCGCAUCGGCGCGGCCACAGGCCUAGUCGUGCCCCCGGCGGCGCUGCAGAGCUUCGUCGGCCUCGCCAUCAUCGCCUCCGUCCCCAUCUACGACCGCGCCUUCGUGCCCCUCGCUCGGCGCGUCACCAAGCACCCCUCCGGGAUCACCAUGCUCCAGCGCAUCGGCGCCGGCAUGGCCAUCGCGUCCGUCGCCAUGGCCGUGGCAGCGCUCGUGGAAGCCGCGCGCCUCCGCGCGGCGAGGGACGCCGGCCUGGUCGACAGUCCGGGGAUGGCGGUGCCGAUGAGCCUGUGGUGGAUGGUGCCGCAGUACGUGCUGCUGGGCCUCGCCAACGUGUUCACCAUGGUGGGCCUGGAGGAGUUCUUCUACGACCAGGUGCCCGACGCGCUCCGGAGCGUGGGGCUCGCGCUCUGCAUGAGCAUCAUGGGCGUGGGGAACUACGCCAGCGGCAUGCUCGUCUCGGCGAUCGACUGGGCGACGAGGCGCACCGGGGAGAGCUGGUUCUCGGACAACCUCAACCGCGCGCACCUCGACUAUUUCUACUGGGUUCUGGCCGGGGUCGCCGCUCUGGAGGUGCUCGUUUUUUUGUAUUUCUCCAGGAGAUACGACUACACUGACAAACGCGAGCUUGUAACGUAGAAAUGCGUCUCAUCCCGGAAGAAACAAUCGGUCUGCAUCUCAUGCUUCACUUGGCGGAACAUUUCUUG